AUGUCCGACGCAAACGCACUAAAGGAUCUCGGCAAUAAAGCCUUUGCCGCCAAAGAUUACGAUAAAGCCAUCGAUUUGUUUACACAGGCUAUUGCUCUCGACCCCAAAAACCAUGUCCUUUGGUCUAACCGAAGUGCAGCCAAGGUUGGCAAGAAGCAAUAUGCCGAUGCCCUUGCAGAUGCCGAUGAGUGCAUUAAAGUGAACCCUUCAUGGUCAAAGGGUUAUGCGCGUAAAGGCGCCGCGCUGCACGGUGCAAGACGAUAUGACGAUGCGAUCGCUGCCUACGAGGAGGGCCUAAAAUUGGAGGAUAGCCCUGCCCUCAGAAAGGGAUUGCAAGAGGUUCAGGAUGCCAAAGCCAACGCUGGCGCUGAUGAAGGCCUUGGUCUCGGGAAAAUGUUCUCAGAUCCUAAUCUCUUCGGAAAACUCGCUGCCAACCCCCGCACAGCUAAGCAUUUGGCUGAUCCAUCCUUCGUACAAAAGAUAAAUAUGAUUCAACAGAAUCCUCGUCUGGCUGACUCAGCAUUGCAAGAUCCUAGAAUGAUUGAUGUCCUUGGAGCAUUGAUGGGUAUUGACCUCCAGGCAACAACUCGGCCGGAAGGCUCAGAUGAAAUGCCCGAGGGAUUCCAAAAACCACAGGCCACUCCUUCUUCACCCCCUCCCCCUAAAGCCUCGUCAUCAAAGCCAACUCAGCCAACCCCGCCUCCUCCUGCUCCUGCUCAGGAAGAUGUUGAAAUGGAGGAAGAUGAUGAUGAAGCUCGCGCCAAGAAGGAAUCUGAAGCUGCCAAAGCCGCUGGUAAUGCUGCGUACAAGCAGAGACAAUUUGACGAAGCCAUCAAAAACUUCCAGCUUGCCUGGGACACUUGGCCGAAGGAUCUCACGUAUCUUACCAACCUUGGUGCCGCAUACUUCGAGAAGGGCGAUUUCGACAAAACUAUUGAGACUUGUGAAAAGGCCGUGGAAUCUGGUCGUGAAAUCCGUGCCGAUUACAAACUCAUCGCGAAGGCUCUUGGUCGCCUAGGAUCUGCCUACCAGAAGAAGGGUGAUCUUGACUCUGCCAUCAAGUACUAUCAAAAAUCAUUGACUGAACACCGAACACCUGACAUCCUCAACAAGCUACGUGAAGUCGAGCGACAAAAGGCAGAAGCCGACCGCCAAGCAUAUAUCGAUCCUGAGAAGAGUGCUGUCGCUCGUGAAGAGGGUAAUGUGAAGUUUAAGGCUGGCGACUUUGCUGGUGCCGUCAAGGAUUACACAGAGAGUAUCAAACGCGAUCCAGCUGAUGCUAGAGGGUACAACAACAGAGCUGCUGCUUACAUGAAGCUUGCGGCUCUUCCGGAGGCGUUGAAAGACGCCAAUGAGGCCAUCAAAGUGGACCCCAAAUUCGUCAAAGCAUACAUUCGCAAAUCAAACAUCCUCCAUGGAAUGCGUGAAUACACGAAGGCUCUUGAGGCCAUUCAAGAAGCCAGUGAAAUCGACACGGAACACCAGCAUACAAAGGAAAUCUCUCAGGUUGAUCUCAAAAUUCAACAGGCGCUGUACAGCCAACGUGGCGAGGAGUCACAGGAACAGACGCUGGAAAGGGCUAUGCGGGACCCCGAAGUUGCAGGUAUCAUGAACGACCCCGUUAUGCAACAGAUCCUGCAACAAGCGCAAUCCGAUCCACAGGCUCUGCAGGACCACAUGAAGAACCCUGUCGUACGUUCCAAGAUUCAAAAAUUGGUAAACGCUGGCAUUAUCAGGACAAGAUAA